AUGGUCGAGUCGCAGGCAGCGGUGAAGCAACAUGAUGCUCUUGAACAAGAGGUUCAAGAGCAGAUGCGUGUGCUGGAAGAGCGCAAACGGAUGAUGUUGCAGAAGGAAGACGAGUUUGAGCUUUGCUGCGCAGAGCGUGUGAAAGCGCUUGAGGCGCGGGAAGCUGCAACGGUCGAGUCGCAGGCAGCGGUGAAGCAACAUGAUGCUCUUGAACAAGAGGUUCAAGAGCAGAUGCGUGUGCUGGAAGAGCGCAAACGGAUGAUGUUGCAGAAGGAAGAGGAGUUUGAGCUUUGCUGCGCAGAGCGUGUGAGAGCGCUUGAGGCGCGGGAAGCUGCAAUGGUCGAGUCGCAGGCAGCGGUGAAUCAACAUGAUGCUCUUGAACAAGAGGUUCAAGAGCAGAUGCUGUGA